GAGCAUGCGCAGAGCAGGACCAGCGCGUGCGCUGUGGUGUUUAGCAGCUUGCACGUCUCUGCCGGUGCAUGAACAGGACGAGGAUACGCAGCACGACCUGCCAAGAAACCUGAGGCAUGGCUCAGUUUGGGGGCCAGAAGAACCCUCCAUGGGCUGCCCAGUUCGCGGCCACGGCGGUAACUCAGCCCGGGCACUCGGGCCAGUCGCUUGACUUGAACAGUUUGCACUCGCUGGGUGUGCAGCAGCCUUCUCUCCUGGGGGCCUCCCCAUCCAUGUACUCCCAGCAGUCUCUCAGCAGCCAGUCAGCCAACUACCAGCUGUCCCAGCAGAAUGCAGCUCUACAGCAGCAAGCAGCCGCUGCUGCGGCCGCCGCAGCCCUGCAGCAGUCCCAGAUAAACUCCGCCCUGCAGCAGUAUCAGCAGCAGCAACAGGCUCCGCCCCCACCACAGGCCCCGCCCCCUCAGCAGACCCUCUAUAAUGUCCCUCACCAGCUGCCCCAACCACAACAGGCUUUGCUUUCACAGCCUCCUGUUGCCUUGCCGACCAGCCUGGGCCUGUCGAACCCGCAGCAGACGGCCCAGAUCACGGUGUCGUACCCGAGCCCACGCUCCAGCCACCAACCCCAGCCCCAGAAGCAGCGCGUCUUCACCGGCGUCGUCAACAAGCUGCACGACACCUUCGGCUUUGUGGACGAGGAUGUGUUCUUCCAGCUCAGUGCUGUGAAGGGGAAGACGCCCCAGGUUGGGGACCGGGUUCUGGUGGAGGCCGUGUACAAUCCCAACAUGCCCUUCAAAUGGAACGCUCAGCGCAUCCAGACCCUGCCACAGCUGGCAUCUCAGCCGCAGGCUCAGUCUCUGCCGCCCGUGUCUUCGCAGCUGGUGAGCUUUUACUCUGAUCCAGGAUUGCCCCGCUACUCUGAAAUGCACCCCACGGUGGACUCGAGACAAAAUAGCCACCCCCCCGGGCCCAGCCUGAUGAAGCCAGCCCCACCCGCCAUGCUCCAGUCCCUGCCCCCCCCCUCAGGGUUCAGCCUGCCCGCCCAGGGACCGCCGCCCUCCCUCCUGCAGGCACAGCUCUCCGCCGCCUCACUGGCCCCCCUGCUGCAGAACCCCCCCCAGCCGCUCCUGCCCCAGCCCCCGCCCAAAGAAUGUGUGUUUUCUGCUGGGCUGCUCCAGCCCCCGGUGCGGAUGAUGUCACAGCCGGUGCGCCGGCUGGACCCGCCCCCCCGCUUCCCCAGCCGUAGUGAGCGGCCUGAGCUCAUCCUGAGGAAGGACGACCGCAGCCGUGAGCGGGAUCGGGAACGCCGGCGCUCCAGGGAACGCUCUCCUGCCCGCAAACGCUCCCGGGACCGAUCCCCUCGCCGGGAACGCUCCCCCCGGAGGCCCCGCCGUGUCGUCCCACGCUACACCGUGCAGUUCUCCAAAUUCUCCCUGGACGGCUACAGCUGUGACAUGAUGGAGUUGCGCCGCCGCUACCAGAGCCUGUACAUCCCCAGCGACUUCUUCCAUGCGGAGUUCUCCUGGGUGGACGGCUUCCCCCUCUCCCGGCCCUUCCAGUUUGGCAAUUACUGCAACUUCCACAUCAUGAACCGGGAGGUGGACCCGCUGACCAAGAACACCGCCAUUCUGGAUCCGCCGGACGCAAAUCACACAUACAGCGCUAAGGUGAUGCUGCUCGCUAACCCCAGCCUGGACGAGCUGUACCACAAGUCCUGUGCCCUGGCGGAGGACACGCAGGAGCUGCGGGAUUCAUUCCAGCACCCCGCCCGCCUCAUCAAGUUCCUGGUUGGGAUGCGGGGUAAGGAUGAGGCCAUGGCUAUCGGGGGCCACUGGUCCCCCUCCCUGGACGGAGCGGAUCCCGAGGAAGACGCGUCAGUGCUCAUUAAAACGGCGAUACGUUGUUGUAAGGCCCUGACAGGCAUUGAUCUGAGUUUGUGCACGCAGUGGUAUCGCUUUGCAGAGAUUCGCUAUCAGCGCCCUGAGGAGACACACAAGGGCCGCACAGUGCCCGCUCAUGUGGAGACUGUGGUUUUGUUUCUCCCGGAUGUUUGGCAUUGUCUUCCUACCCGCUCAGAGUGGGAGUGGCUCGCCCGCGCACUCAAGGAGCAGCUGGCAGAGAAACUCUCGGCUGAACGAAAGGAGGCUGAUGCAGAACAGGAGGAAGAGGAGAAGGAUGAAGAGGAUUUGAAGGAGGUCACCACUCCCACGCAUUGGGCCAAGCUGGACCCCAAGUCGAUGAAGGUGAAUGACCUGCGGAAGGAGCUGGAGAGCCGGACCCUGAGCUCCAAGGGGCUGAAGUCGCAGCUGAUCGCGCGCCUCACCAAGCAGCUGAAGCUGGAGGAGCAGCUGGAGGAGGCGCAGGAGCCCGAAAAGCCCGAGCCACCUCCCGUAGAGGAAGAGGAGCCAGCCCGCUCCGAGGAGGACCGAGAGGAGGAGGAGCGCAAGCGGCAGCAGGACGUGGAGAGGCAGCGGCGGGAAAGGCGCUAUAUCCUGCCCGACGAGCCCACCAUCAUCGUGCACCCCAACUGGGCGGCGAAAAAUGGCAAGUUUGACUGCAGCGUGAUGUCUCUGAGCGUCCUGCUGGACUACAGACUGGAGGAUAACAAGGAGCACUCCUUUGAGGUCUCUCUCUUCGCUGAGCUUUUUAACGAGAUGCUCCAGCGAGAUUUUGGCUACAGGAUCUACAGAUCCCUGGCAGCACUGCCCUUCAAGGAUGAGAAGAAGGAGAAGAGAGACAAGGGGAAGAAGGAGGUGGAGAAGAAGGAGGAGAAGAAAGAGGAGAAGAAAGACAUUAAGAAGGAAAAGGAGGAUGAGGAGCCAGCAGUGAAGAAGAUGAAGGACGAGAGGGAGGACAGGAAGGAGGAGGAGAAGGAGAGGGUGCUGAAGGAGGAAGAGGAGGAGGAUGAGGGCAAUGCGGAGGAGUACGACCCCAUGGAGGCAGAGGAGGGAGACGAUGAAGAUUAUGACGAUAAAGACGAUGAAGACUCCAACGGACGGGACCGCAGAGACGAGCGGAGAGACGACAGGAAGUCCAAAGAGAGGUCUUCAAAAGAUAAGGAGAAGAAGCAGAUGGUCACACACAACAGAGACCUUCUGAUGGCGUUUGUGUACUUCGAUCAGAGUCACUGUGGGUACCUGCUGGAGAAGGACCUGGAGGAGAUUAUGUACACUCUGGGACUGCACCUGUCCCGGGCCCAGGUCAAGAAAUUGUUAAAUAAGCCAUUUGUGAAGGAGUCCUGCUUCUACAGGAAACUGACCGACCGGGCCAAAGACGAAGGCUCACCUGUUGUCCCUGAGGCUUCCCUGGAUGGCCUUUUAGGGAACACGGCCUUGCUGCCCUGCCGCGCACGCCUGGGUGCUGCCAGCGAACAGCAGUCUGGCGGGAUGGUGGUGUUUAACGGCGCCAUGCUGGACGUCAGCAGCAUGAUGCAGAAGCUGGAGAAGAGCGAGAGGGGCCGGGAGGAUGUGGAGCAGAAGUUGAUGACUCAGGACACUAAGAUCGAUGAGGAUGCAAAACACAUACUACACCUGGAAACGACCAAUCGCAGCCUCGUGUGUGAGCUCGACGAGCUGAAGACCAAGCUGGCUCAAACCGAGGGCAGUCUGACCGCCACGGAGGAGACGAAAAGUUUGUUCGAAGACCAGCUGAAUAAAACGGUCUCUGACCUGAAUGGAGUGAUUAAGGAAUUGCAAGGUGUUUUACAGAAGGAAGUUCCUUCUGAAGACAUUGACCAAAAAUCCCAAGCAAAUGGGUCUGAAUGAGCUGCCUUUCUCAUCUUCUUAAACUGUAAAUAUGCACUAACUCUUCAAACGGUCUUUCUUAUAAAACUGUAAAUAAGCACUAACCAUUCAAAUGCUUGUUUUAUUUUGGAUCAUUCACUUUUUGUUUUGUGCCCAGAUACAGUUUUAUGAAUGAUUGUUGGGUCAUUGUUGUGAUUUAUUUCAGGUUUCCUACAUAACUUAUUAUCCAAACAAAAGAAAUCCAUUGACAAAAUAACUUGCUUAAAGAAAAUAGGUUAAUUAUCUCAGUUGUAAUAUGUUCAAAUAAUGAGGCUUAAUGUUAAGUUUAUAUUUAAAAGAAUUGUUUUGUUUAGAAUAGUGUUUUUCUUGUUGAAAUCUGGAAUUUAUUGGAUUAUUUGUUGAAGGAGACUUUCUUUUCUUUUUUUUUUCACAAAAUAAUGCUAAAUUAAUAUUAAUUUUCUAUUCAAUACAAUGUAUUUUGCUUUACUAUCUAAUCCCUCUGUCCAGUUAGUUUGUGCUCGUAUGUGUGUGUGUGUACUUAUCCAGGAGAUCUAAUUAGCAAUAAUGGUGUGUUAUUUAUGUUUCAAGUGGUGUGAGAAAAAAAAAGAAAAAAAAAAAGGCUUUGAUAAGAACCACAAGUGAAAGCAGUGCUGUUGUGCGGAAUUAAACACUGUUUGCUAGUGUUCCUCAAUAUUGCAACGACUGAUCAAUAAACAGGUUUUUACUGGAGCAUUCCGUCCUCCUUGCCCUGGGUUAAGAGCCUGCUUCACAGGCCCCCUCUCUGCAUGGUAGCGAGGUUCGAUUGUUAGCUUGUUAGCUCCGCUAGUUCGCACGCUGAAGUGCGGCGAAGGCUCGUUACCAUGAGAACGCUCCCUGAUGAAGUAACCCUGUUGCCUAGUGCCGGUUUUGUCAUUAGCUGACUGGUAACAUGUUCGUCUGGCAAAUCUUGGGGCAAGUGAGAGGCUGGGGUUCAAAUCCCACCCCAAACUCUCUGGGCAAACCUCUCUCUAGUUGCACAUGCAGCUCCAUCAGUCCGCCUCUGGAGCACAUCACCGUUUAUACCGUAUUUAUAAAACACAAAAAGAAAAGUUAUUUGUAAAAAUGCAGUCUGUUCCGCCUUCUAAUUGUGUUUAACAGGCCUAGCCCUAUUUGUGAAUUAUUCAGUUUGUUCAUAUGAAAGGGAAUUUGAGUUCAGCUAAAUAUGAGUGGUGAUCUGAGUUUAAAGUUCUGGUUGAGUUUUCACACACAUGCGUGACUGGCUCUGCCUGAGGGCGUUAAUCUAAUGAAUGGUGUGUGCAUAAAGGAAAGAAACAGAUUUAGACAUGCGUCCAAAGCAGAAUAAUUAAGAUUAUUUUUCUAUAUAACAUGUACUAUGGUUGUCCUGUGCAAAUAAAAAUGGUUCAUUUUA